GGGCCGGGCGGGCAGCUGGGAACCGCCGCUGGGCGCUGACGGGGACGAGGGAGGCGACUGGGAGGAGGAGGAGGAGAAGGUUCCGCCGCCGCCAUGUGGCACAUCUUCCGCUCCAUCCCCACGCAGAUGGACUACAAGGGCCAAAAACUAGCAGAGCAGAUUUUUCAAGGAAUCAUUCUUGUUUCUGCUAUAAUUGGUUUCAUCUAUGGGUACAUCACUGAACAGUUUGGAUGGACUGUCUACAUUGUUAUGGCAGGAUUUGCUUUAUCAUGUUUGCUGACGCUCCCUCCGUGGCCCAUGUACCGCCGCAACCCCCUCAAGUGGUUACCUGUCCAGGAGCUGGGAGCAGAAGAAAAGAAGGCAGGAGACAGAAAGCCAAAGAGACAUGCUAAAAACUAACAAAUGUGGUUUCUUCAUGCUGUAACUUUGUUAAAUUUUGUUAAAUGCAUUUCCACUUGGAGAUA